AUGGCUCCGGUGCCAGCUUUGUUAUGGCGGUCUUUACGCACGCACCAAGUUUACGGUGCAAACACAGACGUUGGAAAGACCAUUUUUAGCACGGUUUUGUGCAAUGCUGCGUCUAAGAAGGGAGAUAGGACGUGGUUUUUGAAGCCUGUUUCUACGGGUGCUGUUGAUGAAGCUGAUGGGUGGUUGUCCGGCAAGCCAAUUCCCUCUGAUGAGGCCGUUCUGGCAAAGAUUCACGACUCUGUCUCUCGGUACGCAUCUGAGGGUCCAGGGUGGUUAUUUCUAGAGACUGCUGGUGGCGUGCACUCGCCUGGGCCAUCUGGAACACCACAAGCCGAUCUAUACACCCCCCUACGUGCACCCGUUAUUCUAGUUGGCGAUUCAAAGCUGGGUGGUAUAUCACAGACCAUUUCUGCAUAUGAGUCGCUGAGAAUGAGGGGUCAUGAUAUUGAAUCGAUUCUCUUGUUUCAAGACAUGAAAUAUGAGAAUUAUCAGUAUCUCAAGGACUAUUUCUCGAAGCAAGGUGGUAUUCCAGUCGAUACGGUUCCUGAACCACCUUCUCGAUUGCCCGACAUCCAACAAGAUACAGAGCAGAUGAGAGAGUACUACGCCUCUCAAACCAGCAAUGUUUCACAUGUCCUCGACCAUCUCGACAAACGCGGAAAGCAACGGAUAUCUCGGCUUGAAUCACUGAGUGAAAAAGCUAGUAAAAGUAUCUGGUACCCAUUUACCCAGCAAAAGCUUGUGACAGCAGACACAAUCUCUGCGAUCGAUUCAGCACACGGCGAUUAUUUCCAAGUUCUCAACAAAACGUAUGAGAAUCUUCUUCAACCUGCUUUCGACGGCUCAGCGUCUUGGUGGUCUCAGGGCUUGGGACACGCAAACUCCCGUUUGACCCUUGCAGCAGCAUAUGCAGCUGGUAGAUAUGGACACGUCAUGUUUGCCGAGGCAAUUCACGAGCCUGCGCUUGCACUAGCCGAGAUGAUGCUAGAGGGCGCGCAGAAUUCGCGGUUUUCACGGGUCUUUUAUUCUGAUAAUGGAAGUACUGGCUGUGAAGUGGCAGUCAAGAUGGCCCUUCGCGCAGCCAGACUUCGUUACGGCUGGGGACCUAAUGAUAACCUGCAAAUUCUGGGACUCAAGGGAAGUUAUCACGGUGACACCAUUGGUGCAAUGGAUUGUGCUGAACCGUGUGUUUACAAUGAAAAGAUUGAGUGGUACGAAGGGAAGGGAUAUUGGUUUGACUAUCCGACGAUUCAAUGCGUUGAGGGGAAAUGGGUUGUCAGUGCUCCCAAUGGAAUGGGACAAGACCAGAAGUUGGAGUCCAUCUCGGAGGUGUUCAACCUUGAAUCCCGACUCAAGACCGAACAGUACCGAGGGUAUGAGGAAUACAUCGAAAAGACCCUAAAGAAACUCCAAGAUCAAGGGAGGAAGUUUGGAGCUUUGAUGAUGGAACCGAUUAUUCUUGGUGCUGGAGGCAUGAUAUUUGUGGAUCCCCUCUUUCAGAGAGCUUUAGUGGACGUAGUUAGGCGUUCCCCUCACCUCUUCGGCACUAAAGACGCGCUACCGGCUCAAGGCCCACAGUGGUCUGGACUCCCUGUGAUUUUCGACGAAGUCUUUACCGGCUUGUACCGAUUGGGUCGGUUUACAGCGGCGUCAUUUCUCGGUACAGAAGCCGACAUCUCGGUCAACGCUAAACUUCUCACUGGAGGUUUAGUUCCCCUCUGUACGACGAUGGCUUCAGAGUCCAUCUUUGAUGCCUUUAAGAGCGAUGACAAGAGUGAUGCUUUGUUGCAUGGACAUAGUUAUACUGCCCACGCUGUUGGGUGUCAAGUCGCUGUUGAGUCGGUGUCUGAGAUGCAAUCUAUGGAGAAGAAUGGGGAGUGGGAGUGGGCAGAGAAGGAUUGGGCUGAAGACGAAACUCAGGCUUGGAGCGUCUGGUCUAGGGACUUUGUGACUGAUAUGUCACAUAAUCCUCAGGUACUGGGCGUUUGGGCUUUGGGGAGUGUUCUCGCCAUUAGUCUUCGCGAUGACGACGGCGUAGGAUACAAGAGCCUCGCAGCCAAGAAGAUCCAGAGUCAUUUGAGACAGGGAACUGGGUCUUGGAAUGCUCAUAGUAGAGUUUUAGGCAAUGUUUUCUAUGUCAUGGCGAGUCAAAAGACGAGUCGACAGAGUAUCAGAGAGCUGCAGGGUUUGCUGGUCGAUGCUUUGAGUAAAUAG